UACGAAUAUAUGCCAAAAUCUAAAAAUCUGAGCUUAAUAUUUGGUUUGUAGGGAAUUUUUCAUUCUGACUCGUGAAAAAGUUGGCAGCUUUGUGCCGUUAAAAGAAUGACGGCGACGUUACAAUUGGUUGGAAAAGUCAGGAGAGCAUCUCCCAACACAGAUGGCGCCAAAGCAGGGCAUCCCUAACGGAGUUAAACUCUCCGCCUCCGCCGCCCUACGCUACUACUAGCUCCUCCGUUUUCCGUUUCUGCGCUCGUUGCCUAACCUACUCCCCGUUACGUACCGGCGAGUAUACCCCACCGCCGCGGCCACAGAUCUGGUAGCCUUUUUGUACUAUUAUUCUUUUCUGCUUUAGAGAGAGAAACCGUCCUCGUAAACGGAAAGUAACGUACUCCACGUUUUCACGGGUAUUGUAAUUUUAGAGAGAGAGAGAGAGAGAGAGAGUGAGUCGAAAGCAAAGUUAGCUACGCUGCCGCUGAUACAGGAAUCGUAUAUAUAUAUGUAUGUAUAUAUUGCAGAGGAGAGAGAGAGGGAGAGAGAGAGAGAGAAUUUAUAUUGAUCAGCUACAUCGUGUGAAUGAGGCUUUGCUCCGUAAGGUACACGCCGCGAAGAGCUGAAUUGCCUGAUUUGUAAUUUCUGAUCAUAGGUAAUAUAUGACCGAGUAUUGAAUUUGCAGCACAAUGCCAGAAAUUGUCUUAGCUCAGGAAGAGGAUAGGGACAAAAGAUCUGAUUUUGAGAUCUCUGAGGACGAGAAAAGGAGAACUAGGAUCAGAUCUUUGAAGAAGAAGGCGAUGAGUGCUUCCACAAGGCUCACGCAUACUCUCAGGAAACGCAGUAGGCGUGUUGCUCAUUGUCGAUUUGCAUCCAUUUCAACUGAUGAUUUUCGGGAUGAGAAGGAAGAAGAGGCAGUCAAUACAUUUCGUCAGGUCUUGAUUGAAAAGGAUCUUCUUCCAACUCGCCAUGAUGACUAUCAUACAAUGCUGAGAUUUCUAAAAGCAAGGAAGUUUGAUCUUGAUAAGACAAUCCAAAUGUGGGCUGAUAUGCUCAACUGGAGGAAAGAAAAUGGAGUAGACACUAUUAUACAGGAUUUUAUCUAUGAUGAAUUUCAAGAAGUUCAGCGUUACUAUCCUCAUGGUUACCAUGGUGUAGAUAAAGGGGGGCGGCCUGUCUAUAUAGAAAGACUUGGCAAAAUUGAACCUAGUAAGCUUAUGAAUGUCACAACAAUUGACCGGUUCUUGAAGUAUCACAUUCAAGGGUUUGAAAAGGUAUUUGCUGAGAAGUUUCCAGCAUGUUCAAUUGCAGCAAAGAGGCAUAUAGAUUCUUCAACCACAAUCCUUGAUGUCCACGGGAUGAACUGGAGAAGUUUUGGAAAGCUAGCACAUGAUCUAGUCAUGCGCAUGCAAAAAAUCGAUGGUGAUAACUAUCCUGAGACAUUAAACCAGAUGUUCAUUGUCAACGCUGGAAGUGGAUUUAGAUUGCUAUGGAACACUGCAAAAGGUUUUCUUGAUCCACGGACAACUGCGAAGAUACAUGUCUUAGGGAGCAAAUUCCAGAGCAAAUUACUGGAAAUCAUAGACCCUAACCAAUUGCCAGAUUUUCUUGGAGGAACUUGUGUGUGUCAAAAUGAAGGUGGGUGUAUGAGAUCUGACAAGGGACCUUGGAAUGAUCCAGAAUUGAUGAAGCUGGUAUCUGCUUUACAAGGGGAAACAAUUUUUAGGAAACUUGGUAGUUUCUCCGACAGUGAUGUAGAAAUCAAGCCACUUUCUAUAACAUUACUAAAUAGCGACAUCGGUUGUGCUGAACCCGGGGCAGAUGUGGGGUUUUAUGCUUACAGUGGCAAGAAGUCAAUCCAACAUUCUAUUAACAAAGAAACCGAAAGGAGACCUGAAUCUCUUUGCAGGAUAGUUGAACAACUGGAUGAUGGGAGUAGAGUUGAAAGUAUUAGCUCUUCAAAUUUGACCUAUGGUAAUACACAAGUUCAAGAGAAAUCAAUCUUGAAAUUAUUGGUCAACAUCCUAUUCAGAUUACUUGGAUGGAUAUACAUUUUCCGACACAGAAUUGGUGGAGUGUAUGUGAAGAAUAACUUGAACAGAACAGCAGAUAACGAGCAGAGGUCGAAUGCACCUGAUAUUAGUCCUCAAGAACAAAACAUAUCAUCCCCUAAAAAAGUGGACCUCCUUCAUCCCUGCUGUGAGAGGCUGCAACAGUUAGAAAAGGCAGUUGCUGAACUGUUAAACAAACCUACGGAAAUUCCUCCAGAAAAGGACCACAUGCUGCUAGAUUCAAUGAACCGCAUCAAGUCAAUUGAACAUGAUUUGCAAAGGACAAAGAAAGCACUCCUUGCAACAGCAUCACAACAAGUAGAGCUCGCUGAGUCCCUGGAAUUGUUGAAGGAGGACACUCUUAAAGGAACGAAGUCUUGCUGGCUACGAACCAAAUCCACUCCGUACAGAACCUGAUGGCUUUGGAACAGCGCACUAAACAUGUCUCUUGGUCUGUGGUUUCAUCUUCAAACCCAUCACAGCACAAAGAGGUUAACUUGCAUAUACUCUCCACAUUCAGUUUGUGCAGAACAAAUUUUGAGGCACUAACAUAUAAUAUUAUCAUGCCCCUCUUUGAAACAUUAUAUAUUGAUUUCCUUCGCCCUUUAGGCUAUAUCAAAUUUGAGGUUCAAAGAUAGUUGCUGGAA